UGGUUACCAGUCGCGCGGAAAUUUCUUGGGGACCGAGCUCAUCCGAAGUCGACGAACACUACCAGCCUUGCGGCUGCAUUGCCUGCGCAACAUGAUUACACAACCCGCCAUCCGGCCAAGCUUCCGGGCAGCAGCUUGUCUUCUCUGUCAAUGGCGAUCUUUCAGCCUGUCCUACCGCCGGCUCGCCGACAAGGCGCCGGGCCCCGCACCCGAGUCAGCCAGUGUCGCUGAAUCAAGCGCCCCGGCGAACGCACCUACGGCGAUCAACAACGGGACCGGCAACGCUGGUGUCGCAGAGAGCCCGCUGGCCCAUGCUCCCCGAUCAUACGGCAAAAAGCUCAAAGAGUUCACGCCGACGCCGCUUGCGAGGCCAAUUGGCAUGAAUUCCCCCCCGAGCGCCGGCGAAAACACGGGCAUCGACAGGCGUUCGCUCAAAGAGCGCCACGCGGACUUUGUCAACUACGAGAAGCAUCUGCAGCGCAGGGAGUACCUCAAAUCCAAAAUCUCGCGGCCCUAUUUCCGCGACUGGGGCAACCUCCAGUUCCACGAAGGCAAGACCUUCCUCGCGCCGCCGCGCCUCUUCCGCGCCGACCUGUCGCUCUACUUCCCCAACCUGCACGGGCGCACGCUCGCCAAGACCCCGUCCGCCAAGGCCGCCGACACGACGCCCCUGCUCGAGGGCCGCGCCAGCGUCGUCUCCAUCUUCAGCGGCAUGUGGGCCGAGAACCAGGCGCGCUCGUUUACCUCCCCGGAGGUGAAUCCGGCGCUGCACGAGCUGGUGGGGUCUAGUUCGGGGCGCGCACAGCUGGUGCAGGUAAACGUCGAGGAGGACUUUUUCAAGGCCUGGUUGGUGCGGCUGUUCUCCGGCUCGAUCCGCAGGCGGAUCGGCAAGGAGAACUGGGACAAGUAUUUCCUGGUGAGGCGGGGGAUUACCGACGAGAUUCGCGAGUCGAUCGGGCUGCUGAAUAGCAAGGUUGGGUAUGUCUAUGUGGUGGACCAUCAGUGCAGGAUACGCUGGGCAGGGAGUGGGCCUGCGGAACCUGGGGAGAGGGAAGGGCUGGUGAAGGGGCUGCAGAGGAUACUGAGCGAGAUGGAUAAGGAGGGAGUCGGUGAGCAUUUCGUGAGGAGGAUCGUUGCGAAGAAGCAGGCGGAGAAGUAGACGGGGCAGAUAGAUCGUCGCGGAUGUUGUGCAUGAUACCCCCCCAUUUUUUUAUUUUCAGCUGUACCACCGCCGCCACUCAU